AUGGUGCUGAUGCGUCUGUACUGGAUUGUGUGCGAGCUGGUCAAAGACAUGGGAUACUCCUGCCAAACAAAGGCGGUCGCCACAGAAGAUGGGUACAUUGUCGAGGUUGAUCGGGUGUGGCAGAAUACAACGGCUACGCUAUUUAAUGAAGACGCCCGUGGGAACCCGGUGCUCCUUGUUCCGGGCAUGCUUGACGAUUCGGCGACGUGGUUCCUUAACUACCCUUCCCAAAGCGCAGGCUUUAUGCUUGCUGACAAAGGCUACGACGUUUGGGCGAUGAACACAAGAGAAGCAGCGAAACGCUGCCACCACAAGGAGUGGGACCAGUCAGAUCCACGCUACUGGGAAUGGAGCUUUAAUGAGAUCGGUCAGUUCGACGUUGCUGCCGCCAUCGAGCUUGCCCUGACAACGACGGGUGCCUCAACUCUGGCGAUUCUGGCUUUCUCGCAAGGUUUUACGUCGAGCCUAGUGCUGCUAUCAACGAAACCAGAGUACAACGCCAAGCUUCUCAUUGAUCCUUUAGGAAGGGGUGGUCGGCUGAGCUUCCCAGGAACCACAGAAGCGACCGGUAAUUUUUUCUGCAGCAUUUUCGGUGGAGAGCUUUGCUCUGUGACGCUAUUUCUCGCACUCACAGUGACUCCUCAACAAGUGAACAAGACAAGGACCCCGGUAUACAUGGCCCACACGUAUCAAGGAACUUCAAUAAAAAAUCUUCGUCAUUUUGUCCAGAUCGCAAAGUCCAAGAAAUUUGCGAUGUACGACAACGGAAAGGUGGAAAAUCUCCGGAACUAUGGAACAGUGGAGCCCCCCGAAUACCCACUGAAACGCAUAAGCGUUCCGGUGGCCCUCUUUUCGGCUGUUGGAGACCGGGUCGCCAAUCCAGUAGACGUGGCGGACCUUGUGAAAACGCUCGACUCAGUGGUCGUGCUGGACUACGUGGUGCCUAUAAGAAAUUUCCGCCACGAUGAUUUCAUACUCAGCUACAAAGCGGCCGUUGUGCUUCACCAAGUGAUGAUCGCCACUUUAGCCAACUACACAACCACUGCUCGCAAAGUUGUUUGACG